AUGAACGAAGAGGAUACGGGACCGCCCAACAAGGAACUUUACGCACUUUUGCACCUCUCACCGAAGGCUUCCGAUGAAGAAAUCAGAAAAGCUUAUCGCCAGUGGGCCCAAGUCUACCACCCUGAUAAAUACCAAGCUCCUCAUAUGAAAGAAAUUGCUACGGAGAACUUUCAGCGCAUAUGUGAAGCAUAUGAAAUAUUAUCAGAUGAGACUAAAAGGCAAAUAUAUGACAUAUAUGGUAUGGAAGGGCUGACUUCUGGUUUGGAACUUGGUCCAAAGCUCAAUAAAGUCGAGGAGUUAAAGGAAGAGCUUGAACGGCUAAGGCGGAUGAAGGAACAAGAGAAGAAGUUAGCACAUUUUCGGCCUUCUGGGACAAUACUGGCCAACUUAUCUUUGCCACAGUUUCUAGAUGGUGAUGGCAUAAUGAGAGGAAUGGCUAUGAGUAGCGAAGUUCAUUCUCAAUUAUCAAAAAGCAAUACUAUUGCAUUUGGUGGAAAUUUGGAAGUGAAUGAAAAUUCUGGUGGCGGAGCUGCUUCACUUGUCCUUAGGCAUCAGAUGUCUUCUGUUUCAUCAAUAGAAUUUUUAGCUUCAGCUGGUUUACGGGGCCUUAUAGGAUUGCAGACAACACGUAACCUGUCACAACACUCAACUGCAACAAUGGCUAUUGCAAUGUCUUUGAGAGAUGGCUCGAUCAAUCUUUCUAAUAACUGGACCCGCCAACUCUCUGAAACGACGAGUGGAAAUAUUCAGCUUUUGUUAGGUGUCGAGUCAGCCAUUUCUGUUGGAUGGGAAAAGAAAGAUGAGAGGAUGUCUGCUAUUGGAGAGAUUAAGGUUGGCACAAAUUCCUUUGGGGCAUCAGCUCAUUAUACUCGUCGCUUUUCCAAAAAGUCUCAUGGCCGUAUAGCAGGCAGAUUUGGAAGCACUGCUCUUGAGAUUGAAGUUGGUGGUGGGAGGAAAGUAUCAGAAUUCAGCACCAUACGCAUGCUGUAUACAAUAGGGGUUCGGGGUAUCUUUUGGAAAUUUGAGCUGCAUCGUGGGGGUCAAAAGUUAAUUAUUCCUGUAUUGCUUUCCAGGAAUUUCACUUCCUUAUUUGCAGCUGGAGCAUUCAUAAUUCCAACAUCACUUUACUUUUCACUUAAGAAGUUUGUCUUCAAACCAUAUUAUCGUAAGAGGGAAAAACAGAAGGCAUUAGAGAAUAUGGAAAGAACUUCUGCUCAGGUUCGAGAGGCAAAGGCAGCAGCAGAAAAAGCUCAGCAAUUAUUACAAAAUGUGGCCAACAGGAAAAGGAAUAGGCAAAUGGAAACAGGUGGACUGGUUAUUACUAAAGCAGUUUAUGGUGCUCGCAACACUUUGACAAGAGAUGGAUCAAGAGAUUUGAACGAUGAAACAGCUUCGCAAGUCAUGGAUGUUACAUUACCUCUUAAUUUCCUAGUUAAUGAUUCUGGGCAACUCAGGCUUCAUGAGGGUGUUAAGAAGUCGGGUAUCAUGGGUUUCUGCGAUCCUUGUCCGGGAGAGCCUAAGCAAUUGUAUGUCGAGUACACUUACAGGGGCAAUAGAUAUGAGGUGGUGGUUGAUGAUUAUGAGGAGUUGGUUAUACCCCAGGAAGUACACAGAAUCUGAAUGUAAUCAAAUGAUGUAAUACUAGCUUUGGUUACCUCUCGCAAUUUUGCAUGUAACGCAUGCCAUUUGAGGUACUCCAACUUGUCACAACUUUUUCCCAUUUAACUUAUUAUAUCAUUUUUAUUUUAGGAAAUGUAAAUCCAAUAAAACCAUUGAGGAGACAAGUCACAAUUUCUUGGUGUAUUUUUACUGAAUAUGAAAAUAAAAAAGGCGACUUGUGUAUUCUAUCU